UAAGGAGCUCCUGCUCCAUUUAACCUAUGAGGGAUCAUCUUCAAUCAAACGCACGCUUCUCUCCACUCUCACACAAAAGUCAUUCGAAAAAUGCUCAGAUUAAAUGUUAAUUACCCUUUGCUCCCAAAGAUAUCCUCCCAUCGCGUUUGUAACAGAAGCAGUUACUAUGAUUCUUCGACGUCGAUCGUUAAGUAUGGGAAUGAUGGAACUAAGAAGAAGAAGCAGAUGUUUCUAAGAGUUUCAGUGAAAGCAAUGAAGGAAGAAGGUAACGGAAGUGGAAGCAUGAGUUUCUCUGGACAAAGCUGGGAUCCAAGCUCUGAGAUACAAGUUCCUUCCGACCAAAGACCUGUGAAUGAGUAUUCGGCUUUGAAGGAAGGGACGUUGUAUUCAUGGGGAGAAUUGUCUCCAACCCAAUUCUUUCUUCGUCUGGGUGGUCUUUGGCUGGUCACUUUCACUGUUCUUGGUGUUCCCAUCGCUGCUGCUAGCUUCAACCCUUCCAGAGAACCUUUGAGGUUUGUUAUAGCUGCAGGGACUGGAACUUUAUUCCUGGUUUCAUUGAUUGUCUUGAGAAUUUACCUGGGAUGGAGCUAUGUUGGAGAUAGACUACUUUCUGCAGUUAUUCCCUACGAAGAGAGCGGUUGGUAUGAUGGCCAAAUGUGGGUUAAGCCACCUGAGGUAUUGGCUCGGGACAGGUUGUUAGGUUCUUACAAGGUGAAGCCAGUAAUCAAGAUGCUGAAGCAAACAUUAAUUGGAACAGGAGCCUUGCUGGUUUCAGCAUUCGUGCUAUUCGUUUUUGCUACACCCGUCGAGGAUUUCUUUAAAACCACUCUAGGAUCAAUUCAUAACCAACCACAAGUUUCCAUCUCAAGAACCAACAACAACAAGUUCAAUAUGCGAAAAGAACAAUUGCUUCGGUUGCCCACAGAUGUUGUCACAGAUGAUGACUUGGCAGCGGCCGCAGCUGAGGCUGCUGAUGGAAGACCGGUCUAUUGCAGAGACCGUUACUACCGUGCUCUGGCCGGUGGUCAGUACUGCAAAUGGGAAGAUCUUGUUAAAUAGUACUACUUGUCAAGAUAGAAUACAACAAUAACACACAAUGCACUAUGUGGUUUUUUUCAGUUUUGAUUAAAAUGGCUAUUCAUCACCAAAUUACCAAGUUAUCUUAUCAAAUGUGGGUUACGUGGGUCUGUAACUGGCCCAACUUAAGCAAGUAAGGCCAUGAUUAACCUCAAAACCCAUAAGGGAUGCUUAAUUAUUUUUUGUUCGAUUUAAAAAAAAAACCAAUUGCGGACUGCUACGUAUCAAUGGAAUUCGCAAAC